CUUCUCGCCGCGGCGCCUCUUGGGAUCCCACCGAUGUUGGCACAAAUCCGGCUGCCCACCCUCCUUCCCCGGCUCUGCGCACUCGCUCCCAGCCUCGCCAUGAGCAGCGCGACCGGCACCGUCACCAUCCAGCAGCCCCUCAACUACCGGGCGGGCGCCCGCGUCCAGCCCGCCGACGGCGGCCAGGUGGAGGAGGUGUAUGAGCCGGCCACAGGUCGUGUGCUGUGCAAGCUGCCCUGCUCUGGGGAGAAGGAAGUUGAUCUGGCUGUGCAGAGUGCAAAAGCUGCCUUUAAAAUAUGGAGUCAGAUGUCUGGCAUGGAGCGAUGCAGGGUGAUGCUGGAGGCUGCCAGAAUUAUCCGGGAGCAGAGAGAAGAAAUUGCCACCAUGGAAACCAUCAACAAUGGCAAAUCCAUCUUUGAAGCCAGAGUAGACAUCGACGUAUCCUGGCAGUGCCUGGAGUAUUAUGCAGGGCUGGCAGGAUCUCUGGCUGGUGAACACAUCCAACUUCCUGGGGGAUGCUUUGGGUUCACUCGGAGAGAACCGCUCGGGGUGUGUGUUGGGAUUGGAGCCUGGAAUUACCCUUUCCAGAUUGCCUGCUGGAAGGCUGGCCCGGCCUUGGCUUGCGGCAAUGCAAUGGUCUUCAAGCCUUCUCCCUUCACCCCAGUUUCUGUAGUGAGGUUGGCAGAGAUCUUCACAGAGGCCGGGGUGCCCAAGGGGCUCUUCAACGUGGUGCAAGGUGGGGCAGCCACAGGCCAGUUCCUCUGUCAUCACCCAGAUGUGGCCAAAAUCUCCUUCACUGGCAGUGUGCCAACUGGCAUGAAGAUCAUGGAGAUGGCAGCUAAGGGGAUCAAGCCAGUCACCCUGGAGCUGGGGGGCAAAUCCCCCCUUAUCAUUUUUUCAGACUGUUCCCUGGAGAAUGCUGUGAAUGGAGCCCUCAUGGCCAACUUCCUUACGCAGGGCCAGGUGUGCUGCAACGGCACACGGGUGUUUGUGGAGAGGAAGAUCCUGGAUACCUUCACAAAGGAGGUGGUGAAACGCACCCAGAAAAUCAAAAUUGGAGACCCACUUCUGGAAGACACACGAAUGGGACCCCUCAUCAACCGGCCCCACCUUAAUCGUGUCCAGGGCUUUAUCAAGCAGGCCAAGGAGCAGGGGGCUGAGGUGCUGUGUGGUGGGGACCUGUACGUGCCAGAUGACCCAAAGCUGAAGAAUGGCUACUACAUGCGACCCUGUGUGCUAGGGAACUGCAAAGAUGACAUGACAUGUGUGAAGGAAGAGAUCUUUGGGCCUGUCAUGUCCAUCCUGCCGUUUGACACGGAGGAGGAGGUUCUGGAGAGAGCCAAUGCCACCAAAUAUGGCCUGGCAGGUGGUGUCUUCACCAGGGAUAUCCAGAAGGCUCACAGGGUAGUGGCUGCUCUCAAGGCUGGGAUGUGCUUCAUCAACAACUACAAUUCCAGCCCCGUGGAGCUGCCUUUUGGAGGAUACAAGUCAUCAGGAUUUGGGAGGGAGAAUGGACGGGCAGCCAUCGAGUACUACUCGCAGCUGAAGACCGUCUGUGUGGAGAUGGGUGAUGUGGAAUCGGUGUUUUAGGGGCUCUUGGUCCUGCUCAGGGGAGCAUCAGCCAGCCCCUGCCUCUCAGCCAGAGUUAUAGAUCAUGUAUCUAGCAAAAAAGUACUCUAAAACUGUCAGUGCCAGGGGGGAACAGUGCUGGAGCAGCAUUUAGCCACCCUGCUCCUAAAAGGGCGAAUGUACACACAGGGCUCGGCCUGGGGGCCUGCUCUGUCCUGCCUGGUGAACAAUGGGAACCUUGGGGCAGAAGGCACCAAUAUGGCCUUUGGCAGCAGCUCUUGCAGCUGUGUAAGCUACCAGAAGCUUAUCAGUGGCCAAGGCCUGAUCCAGGCUGCUUCCUGUGCUGUGUGCCUUGAUUUCCAUUGCCUUCUACCCUCAGUCAACUUCAGUUUUGGCUUCUUAACAGGUAGAUAACACUCAGUGCACGUCUAAGCUCUUGGACACAUUGAUAUCCUGUAGCUCUGUCUAUUGUCUGACUACAUGAAAGCCUUAGGGUAGGACUGUUUAUUCCCUCUAGCUCCCUCGUGUAACCACAAGUUUUGUUUUUAUCUGUACCUUACAAGUGGGACAAAAUACUGUGGGAAGGGUUGGCUGAUGCUGCCUGGGACAGGCAUGUCUCUGAGAAUCCCCUCCACACAAGAGUGGUAGCAAGCUCCAGCAUAGGAAAAUGAAAGCUAUUUUACUUCCUUCUUGUAAACUUACUGUUCUUUAUACACGUGAUGAAGCAACUACUCUAAAUGUUUGUCUAUGUCUUCUUUUAACAAUCAAAUAAAUACUAACUCUGGAACAUCUUA